AUGUCUUCGAAAUCGACUCUCUGCUCUAUCUUUGGUAUCGAAUCAUCUUCGCGCGUCGAUGCUCAUUACGAAGGUGCUCGUACUCAUCUGUUAAAUUCCAACGAAAUUCUUCGUCGUACUUCCCACGAACAAGAACUAUAUGCGAACUAUAUCGCAGCUGGUGAACCAGCUGGUCCAACUAUUUAUUCAUCGAAAGGUGAACAUUUUACUGAAGUAUGUCCAUCGUUGAAACACUUUAUCGAUCAUGAACUCAAAUUAGAUUUGAAAUAUUUUGGCUAUAUGGAAUAUUCAUUCGGCUUGGAAGAACACCGACAAAUUUUGAAGAAACUGAUGAUUCGUCAUCAUGAACUAGAUGAUGAACUUGUCAAGCCAGAAGAUUUCGAAGUGGGCUGUUUGAUGAACUCGACACGAUUGAUCAUGUUCGAUCUAGAAUGGUCCAAAUAUUUGGACGAACAAAAACCCGAGAAGAUCGAUUUAGUCAUUAUCAAUACACAACAUAAUCCAACUGGAAAACAAUGGUCACUGGAUGUGGUGAACUUUUUAAUGGAUUUAGCAUGGAAACAUGAAAGUUAUCUGUUGAUCGAUGAUGCAUACUAUUGUGUGCAUGAUCCACGUGUUGAAAUCGUCAAUACAUUGAAAAUUUGGUUGAAACGAUUAGCUCAACAUAAGAAUAGUGCAAUGGCUACGCGUUGGCUUCACACUCAUCCAUUUGGUAAACAAUUUAAUUGCAAUGCUCUCGGUAUGGCGAUGAUCAGUUCAUCUCCACAACUGAUGGCGCAGUUGAAUACCUUCUAUUGGCAUCAUAGUUAUUUAAAUGGCUGUGUUAAUGCUGAAAUUCUUUGUCAAUGGUUGAGCAAACAUCAACACGAUGCGGAACAAUUUAUUGUCGACAAUGGUAUGGAAAUUGCACGCAAGAAAAACUUUGUUUGUCAAUUCAUGGAACAAGAACUGAGUUACCCGUCGACGUCACUUUGUACCGGUCCAUCGACUUCCUAUCUAAUAUUCGAAGUACCACUGAUCUACUCGCAAGAUUCCACGAAGAAGAAAUCCGAAAUUGCCGAACAAUUCUCCGAUGAUCUCUAUUAUGCCACUGGUGUUAUGUUGAGUGGCGAUAUGUUUACUCAUGCUGAGGUAGCAGCCUAUGUUCGUCUGCAUCUAGGAUCGGAUCCAGCAAAUAUCGAAGAAAUUCUUCGUCGUUUCAAAGCAGCAGGAUUGAACUAUCAUAUGAAACAUAAGUUAGGCGUCGCUCCCGGAUUAGCCGAACGACUGUUGACAAAAUUACACAACUUGGUUACUAGUUAA